UACUGACUCAACUUAAACGCCUCACAGACAAGACUGGUUGCAUAUUUCUUGGUUUUCUGUCAUUGAUCGCAUUUAUACUGACUGGUCAACAUGUUGUGUGGAGGUACAGGAGCAGCACAGGACGCCACGCCGGAAAUUCAGGAGAUAUGUAACAAAAUAAAGACUCAAGUGGAGCAGAAAGCAGGAAAAACCUAUGAAACCUUCACCGCCAAAAGCUACACGAGUCAGGUUGUAGCGGGGACCAACUUCUUCAUAAAGGUCCAUGUCGGAGGUGAUGAGUAUAUUCAUCUCCGUGUUUUCAAGAAACUCCCAUGCCACGGAGAAGAGACUGAGCUGACCAAUAUUCAGCUCGCCAAGAAGCACCAUGACUCCAUUGAGUACUUCUAAACACCAGGCUUUCCAAGCAACCCUCCAGUGCCUACACUCUGCAUCCCCCAUCUAAUGUCCCCAAACCACGUCGUUGUUCUACUCUCAUACUGUAGUAACUGACCAUGUGUUCAGUGUGGAUCAUGAAUGAAAUCUGUUACGGAAAUCGUUUUGUACCAUAUGUUUGAAUAAACAAGAGUGAGAAUUGAA